CCCAUUCUUCAUUUCGCUUCCAUGUCGUGGCCCAUCGUCGUCGUUACUGGUGCCAAUGGCGGUGUCGGGUUCUCGAUAUGCCAACGAUUUCUCUUCCAACUAUCCGACGUCGACCAGCCUUUACCAUCCAGUUCUCGAGAAGGAGACCUCUUCCCUUACCCUUGCGAGGGCCUGACGCUCAUAAUGGCGUGUAGAAGCUUUCAUCGCGCAGACAUGGCGCGCCGUGAAUUGUAUGCGUCCCUGGAUUCCCACAUGUCCAAGACAAACACAGGAUAUGGAGGACACGCGAAGCGGUUCAGGGAAAAUUUGAAAAUAGAAAUUCACACCGUCGACCUUGCGGAUAUUUCAAGUGUAUUUGCUUUUGCCGACGAAGUGUCCGAAACGUACCCAUAUAUCUCGCAUUUCAUUUUCAAUGCGGGGGUGGCCAGUUAUGACCACAUUGACUGGUGCAAGGUGGUCCAACAAUUCCUCGUGGAUCCCAUGGGCAUGAUGACGACGCCCCAGUACAAUGUGCAUCUUGUCGGCGAGUCGACCAAGGAUGGUUUGGGUCUGGUCUGGCAAUCCAACCUUUUCGGUCAUUACGUCUUGUUCCGUUCCCUCCGUCACCUCCUUUCCGCUCCAACAUACAAGUGGGAUACACGAGUUAUCUGGAUGUCGUCUAUCGAGGCCUCUCCCGACCUUUACGCAUCCGAUGAUUGGCAGCUAAUAAAGCACACCAUUUCCUAUAAUGCGGUCAAAUAUCAAAUAGACGUCCUCGGAACGUAUUUGGACCGGAUAGCCCUUGAAACGCCUGAUUCCGAAAAGCGAAUACGACACAUUGUUGUCCAUCCAGGAAUCGCCUCUACCCCAUUUUCGAAUAAACUUGUCAAUUUUUGGACGAACGUGCUCAAGGUAGUCUUGAUGUAUAUCGCGCGUUGGUGCGGGUCGCGAAACCAUGUGAUCGAUCCGUUCAAUGCAGCAGUAUCAACUAUAUACGUUUGCCUGGUGCCGUUGUCGAUUCUUGCCUCUUCACAGGUUUAUAAGGACGGCGUUUAUUGCCCAGUAAGGUUUGCUUCCGAAACGAAUAGGCUAGGACGACCUGAAGUUGGCGUCCACAAGGUCAGGUGGUGGCCUGAGCAUCAGCGGGAAGCCGAACUCCUUGUUGACCGGUGCAGUAAUCUAUACGAGGAGUUCAAGAGUCGAUAGUUUGUUUACAUACAACUUCGAAAUGAUUACAUUGGGAUUUUUGGCAAGCACCAAAUUCAGUUU